AUGAGUUUUCUCCUGGAAAGCUGGGAGGUGGUUAGACAGGAGAUUAUGGGCACUUUUCAUGAGUUUCAUCCCACUGGAAAGUUCGAAAAGUCGCUGAAUGCUUCUUUUAUUGCUUUGAUUCCUAAGAAGGGGGGAGCUUAUGAUAUUAAGGACUUUCGACCUAUCAGCUUGAUUGAGUGUUGUAUAAGCUCAUUGCCAAGGCUUCGUAGCGGCGCUCCUGGAGUUCUGUGUAAGCUGGACAUCGAGAAAGCCUAUGAUCAUGUUUGCUGGAACUUUUUGUUCUAUUUGCUUGAGAGGAUGGGUUUCUGUGAGAGAUGGAGGAAUUGGAUUGUUACUUAUGUUUCGUCUGUCAGAUUUUCGGUGCUGGUUAAUGGCUCCCCUUUCUGGUUUUUUGGCAGCUCUCGUGGUUUGAGGCGAGGGGACCCCUUCUCCCCCUUCUUGUUUAUUAUUGUUAUGGAGGCUCUUAGCAGGCUGAUGAGGAGGGCUGUUUCCUUGGGGCUUAUUCGGGGCUUCAAGAUUGGUCUUGAGACAGUUCAUCAAUUGGAGAUUUCUCACUUGCUGUUUGCGGAUGAUACGUUGGUUUUUUGUGAGGCAGAUGAGUCACAAUUGCGUUACCUGAGAUGUGUCCUGGUUUGUUUUCAGGCUGUUUCUGGUUUGAGAACUAACGUGGGAAAAAGUGUGCUUGUUCCUGUGGGGGAGGUUCAAGAGGUGAACUCCCUGGUAGCUGUCCUUGGAUGUAAGACGAGUUCCUUCCCUAUUUCUUAUCUGGGUUUGCCCUUGGGGGUCUCCUCAAGAAGGGUGGGUUGUUGGUACCCGGUUGUUGAGCGCUUCGAGAGAAGGAGACUUGAGAUGAUUCAACGUAAUUUCCUUUGGGGCGGUAGGGGGGAGGAGUUUAAGUAUCGUCUUGUUCGGUGGGAGCAGGUCUGUAAGCCUCUCAAGUCAGGAGGCCUUGGGAUUCGGAGGUUGGCCGCCUUCAACAGGGCCCUUCUUGGCAAAUGGCUUUGGAGGUUUGGCAGUGAAAGACAUAGACUUUGGAGGAAGAUCGUUGCUUGUCGGUUUGGGGAGGAUAUAGGGGGUUGGUCUGCUCAACAGGCUAGAUCUGCUAUUGGUGUGGGUGUGGGUGUGGGUGUGUGGCAGUCCAUUGGGAAGGGUUGGGAUGAGUUUUCUAAGCAUAUUAUAUUCAGAGUCCGGGAAGGUCGGAGUGUCCGGUUUUGGGAGGAUCCGUGGUAUGAGGAGCGUCCAUUAUGUCAUCAGUUUCCAAGGUUGUUCAGGAUUGCUGUGGAUUGCUAUGCUUUGGUUGCCGACUGCUAUUGCCUUGAUAGCGGAGGUGGCUGGUACUGGGGUGGACCUUUUGAGUUGGGUGCCUUCUUUGCAGCGGACUUUUCAGGUCCGGUCUUUCUUCUUUUGUUUGUCCGGUUUUCAAACCCCUUCUUAUCCAUGGAAGACGGUUUGGCAUUCGAAGGCUCCUCUUAUGGUGGCUUUUUUUGCUUGGACUGCUGCUUGGGGCAAGAUCCUAACUCUGGACAAUUUGAGGAAGAUGAGACAUGUCAUUGUUUAUCGGUGUUGUCUGUUGGGUUAUGCCUCGGACUUCACAGGGUCUUAUUGAUAUCUGGAGGGGACAAAGGGUGGGGGCUCGAGUUCGCGAUUUCUGGAGGGCGACUCCCCUUUGUUGGGGAGGAGUUAUCCAUUGGGGCUCUUAAGUAUUCUAUUAUUUGUUCUCUUUUUUGUUCGGGUAUGGGGAGAGAUUUUUCCUCUGUUGAGGAGCUUAUGGACUUUUUGGGAUCUUUGGAUCCUUAG